UCAUCUCUUUGAAACCUUGAUUGCCAGCUAUGGACAGGGUUCUGAUGUCCAUGACCAAGAUGUUCAAAAGGCAACGGUAACAUAGCGGGAUAAAAUAAAUCAUUAGCGUUCGUAAGAUUAGAGCAAAUACGUGACACAGGGUUCUAAAGGUAAUAAAUCGCCAUCACUAAUGCUGUUGCUACACCUAUGAAUGGAAGCAACUCUCUGUUGAUGUAGCAGCUAACAAGAGGUAAUUAGCUUACAGAGGCGACUCUUUGUUCUCCGUCAUGACGUUGAUGUGCUCCUGUGAAAGUUUCACUUUGUAGAUUUUGCACUCUACGUGCUUCUCUUUGUCUUUGUAAAAUGCUCCCAAACUUUUGAGCUACGUUGCCGGUGCGCAUUGAUGAUUUGUUCCUCUGGUGAUUCUGAUUCGAAGAUUGAUCUGGAUGGCCACUACAGCGCACGUGCCUCGAGGAGAAAGGCAGAAAUCAGCCGCCGAAGGUGCAGCAGCAUAGCCUAGUGAACUAGACCAAAUUCUUGCUUUGCAAAGAAUAAUACAUUUAUUUAGUCUGGCUUGCCAGGCUAGCAGCAGCAGGCAAUAUUAAACAACAACGUUGAUUUAAAAUUUACAGUCGACGUCGUCGUGACGAAUUGACUAAUCGUGGCAGGACUAGCUCAUAAUGAUGAUCUGGUUCUGGACCAGCUAGAACCUCUGAUGCUACUCUUCUGGUGAUGAUGAGGGACGAUGCCCUCACCUGCGUCUUUGACCUUUUUACUGCCCGAUACACAACAGAUGAAACUGAUGUCUUGUCUGCUUUCUUUGGCAAAGACUUGAACUUUGUGCAUGACACGGCUGCUUGACAAGUCUCAAUGAUGCUGCACGGAAUGCUGUGGUGACAUUUUUAAGCCGACGAGACAAACUUCCUGGACUUUAUUCCAGCUGUGAGAGUAAACUGUGAGCAAAAGCGUCGGUGGCUCGUAGCUGCUGGGUGACUUUGACACUUUUGUUUCUUGAUGGUUGCUGUGUGAACCAAGGCGCCUCUCUCGAGGAGCAAAAAAAAAAAGUGUAAUAGUGUUACUCUGGGUGUACAAGGUGGGAAACCUUGAAUAAUGUGGGAUGAGAGCAAUCAUGGAGGCGAAUCCGAGUCAACCUGGUGGGUCACCAGGAGGUGAGGGCUGCCUUCUUUUCUGGGUUCAGGAAAAGUUCAGCAGCAUAGCAUUAGGCAAAUUAGGGAGACAGUGGCUUAGGAAGAAGAGGAGGAAAAAAAUCUGAGGGUGUAGAGGACCCAUAUGAGAGCAUGAGGGGGGCUCCUUUUAUUUGAACCAAGGAGGAACUUCCAGGAAAAGCAGAAAGAGUGAGAGGCAGCUCACAGUGUGUCCAUGAACUCCCUGUAAAGAUAUGAAAACUAAUUAGACAGCUUAUAUAACUCAAUCAUGUCCUCAAACACUAUUUAAAGCCCCCCUGCUCGUUUAGAGGGAGGGAGGUGUUUGGAGAGGUUGUGCUGCUCCUGAAGGGGUUAAAAGGGGGCGGGGCCACGGGUGAGAAGCACAGGAGAGAGAGAGAGAGAGAGAGAGAGAGAGGAGGCGGAGCCAGACCCCUCAGCUGCUGCGCCUUGUCACAGUUCUGCAGAUUCUGAUCGCAGCUCGGUUCGUUGCGGGGAUGAUUUAGUCUCCAAACACAAACAAGCCGCUGUAACCCGGAUCCGAGAGCUCGGUCGGACCGAAAGGCACGGAGACGGAAAGACCUGCAGAGGACAGAGGCGUCCGGCUCUACGGAACGGCGCGCGCUAACGGGACAACCGAGACGAACGGCAACUCCGCGGAAUUUCUGCCCACCCUCACGGACUCUGGGAGAUUUACCCUCUUUUUUUCCUUUUCUAAUUAUUUUUUUAUUAUUAUCUUGGAUUUAUUUGAUCGUCUUGGAUGAAUUGUGCGCGCGCGCUGAUCCUAAUAUUAGAGCCGAGUGUGAGCGCUCCUGAUGCUGGACGCGAUGCGGGCGGCUUUUCCAAAAUAACCUCAAAUUAGAGGAAGCCGGUCAGAUGCUCGGAUGUCCCCUCCGCGUGUGGAUUUAUCACUUUUCCCUCUAUUUUGAUGCCGUUUCUCCCCCCUCCUCCCCUUCCAUGGUCUCGGCUCCCCCUCCUCUCGGCUGAAAACCUCUCGGUGGCUCGGCUCCUCGGGUUUUCCAUCCCAUAGAUUUCCCAGCUGCGUAUGAUGUACGAGAGUGUGGACGUUGUGGGACUGAAUCCCAGCCCGAACCCGUUUCUAAUGAUGGAUUACUACAACCAGAGCCGAGGAUGCUUGAUCCCGGAGAAAGGGCUGGUGCCCGGAGCGCCUCAUCCCUACAGCACGUCCAUCAGGAACCAGCACUGGAACGGAUCUAACCACUCGAUAGAGACCCAGAGUACCAGUUCAGAGGAGAUAGUGCCAAGCCCGCCCUCGCCUCCCCCGCCGCCCCGCGUCUACAAGCCCUGCUUUGUGUGCCAGGACAAGUCCUCAGGGUACCACUAUGGUGUCAGCGCCUGUGAAGGCUGCAAGGGCUUCUUUCGAAGAAGUAUCCAGAAGAACAUGGUGUACACGUGUCACCGAGAGAAGAACUGCAUCAUCAACAAAGUCACCCGUAAUCGCUGCCAGUACUGUCGGUUACAGAAGUGCCUGGAAGUGGGGAUGUCUAAGGAGUCGGUGAGGAACGACAGGAAUAAGAAGAAGAAGGACGAGAAGAAGCAGCAGGAGUGCACGGAGAGCUACGUGCUGAGUCCAGACACGGAGCAGAUGAUCGACAGAGUUCGCAAAGCGCACCAGGAGACCUUCCCCUCUCUCUGCCAGCUGGGCAAAUACACUACGACUAACAGCUCAGAAAGGCGCGUGUCGUUGGAUGUAGACCUGUGGGACAAGUUCAGCGAGCUCUCCACCAAAUGCAUCAUAAAGACGGUGGAGUUCGCCAAACAGCUACCGGGCUUCACCACGCUCACCAUCGCCGACCAGAUCACCCUGCUCAAAGCCGCCUGUCUGGACAUCCUGAUAUUGCGAAUCUGUACGCGCUACACGCCGGAGCAAGACACCAUGACAUUCUCAGAUGGGCUCACGCUAAACAGAACCCAGAUGCACAAUGCUGGCUUCGGGCCGCUCACCGACCUGGUUUUUGCUUUUGCCAACCAGCUCCUUCCUCUGGAGAUGGAUGAUGCGGAGACGGGGCUGCUUAGCGCCAUCUGCUUGCUCUGUGGAGAUCGACAGGACUUGGAAGAAGCCGACAAGGUGGACAUCCUUCAGGAACCCCUUCUGGAGGCACUGAAGAUUUACGUGAGGAAGAGGAGGCCUCACAAACCUCACAUGUUUCCCAAGAUGCUGAUGAAGAUUACUGACCUGAGGAGCAUCAGUGCUAAAGGAGCUGAGAGAGUCAUCACGCUGAAGAUGGAGAUCCCAGGCUCCAUGCCACCUCUCAUCCAGGAGAUGCUGGAGAACUCUGAAGGUCUAGAAAGCGGCGCCACGGGCAGCAGGCCCAGCGGCGCCCCUCCAGGCAGCUGCAGCCCCAGUCUGUCCCCCAGCUCUGCCCAAAGCAGUCCAGCCACACAAUCGCCGUAGUGACGGCCCACCCGAUUUCUUACUUUCUCUCUUCGUGUCGGUCUCUGUCUCCUCCCACGUUGUUUCGAACAGGAGGUGGGCUUUGACCCCGACUGCUGAACAUCGGAGACCGACAGAGCCGACCUCCUCCUCCUCCCACGACACGAGUCCACAUCUCCUGAUCCGCUUGCCGUCACUGUGGUUGGAACACUGUCCGUAGGUGAGGGCAGGCGAGGCGGGAGCAGGUCGAGGUACCACACAGCCAAUCCACCUCCCUCCACUCUCCUCUCUGGUGCUGCGCAUCCCCCUCCUCCACCACUCUCCUCCAAAAAAGACAGAUGGAAAUGAAUCUGGAUGCAGGGACGAGCAGCUGUACCAGAGAGAGAGAGAGAGAGAGAGAGAGAGAGCAGCACAACGGGACGACCUGAUGAACACAGACUGACUUCAACACCAGACACUUUGGUUUUGUUUCGUUCCUGUACUCUGAGGCAGGCUGCAACUUUGGGACUCCUCUAAAAGACCUCACUCCUCAAAGACUUUGGGUCUUUACUUUUUUUCCAUUUUCAAAAAAAAGUGAAACAGAACAGAUUUUGUACAAAAGAUAUAUAAAUAUAUAUAGAAAAAUUAAGGAACUAUUGGAUAGGAAGAGAGCUGCAGGCUGAAACGAGGAUGUUUACCGCGCUGAGAUUAGAAAUCGUCGUACUCCUUCACCGUUUGAAUCUUUUCGUACCUAUCGAGAGCAACGAGAGACGUUUCAGUUUUGUAUAUUCUAAUUAACAAAAAAAAAAGCAAAAUGAUAUUGAUAUUUCUCUUAAAUCAGGCAAACACAGAUACAAACGUGCAAGAGAUCAAUGAAUAUCACCUACUUUUCCAGGUUGUUUCUUUUUUCUUCUUCCAAGCGAAUGAAAAAAACUGAUUGUAUGAGCUUGGUUGUAUGAUAUUGUGACAGGUCCUCUCAAGAAAUCAGAUUAAUGAAGAUUCAUUAUUAAGGUGUACUUUAAGUGGCUUUUGAGUUUGUGUAUAUAAGCUGUAUUCAUUUCUUUAAAGCUAUGAAGAGUUUUUAGGCCUCACCUGAUUGGUUCUUUUUUUUUUUAUUCCUUUUCAUGUGUUUUUGUUAUAGAUUUUUGUGACUCGAGAAAAAACAUGAGCACAUUUUACUGAAGGAAGUUUUGUAACGGACUCUUCAUCGAUCACUGGCUGUUCAGAAUGUGGCUUUCACUAAACGGUUUCGACGCUUGCCCACUUCUUUUUCUAUUUUAUUUUUUUACUUUAAAUGUACAGUACACAAUAAAGUAGCACUCCUGUCGGGGAAUAGCUUCUUUUCUCCCGUUUAACAGAAAGGAAGAGGUGAAAAUGGUGAAUUAGAAGCCAGAAUCGUAGAGAGGUGUCACACGGGGACUGGUGUAUUUACUCCAGAUAAAACUCGUCGUUCUCGGUACUCUGAGCGAAUCACUCUGUAGCAGAUGAGACCAGAGCAGAUUUCUUCAUUUGUUCUUUUAUAAUUUUUUUUUUUUUUUUUGUCAUUGUUCAAACAAGUAAAUGAAGGUCCCAAAUAUAUAAUGCAAGCUCCUGCAAAUCCACUCUCCCCUUCCCUUCAGCAUCUCGUGUGACGUUUGCCGGAUCUGGAGCUACCUUGCGCCCUGUGACUCACUUUACACCAAAACGCCUUCACCAUUAAUAUCUGGACCAUCUUUACUGUAAACUCACGAUGUCUCAGGAAGGAAUCAUUUUGUGUGCUUGGCCUGUUAUGUGUACGUGUCCUGUAAUGCAACCCCUUCCCCUUUCUAAAGCCUCCAAUCAUAAAUGCACAUACAAACACACACACACUUCUGCUACUGAGCCCCUGGAUUUUAUUUUAUGUUCCUCCACUCACACACACGUUUUCACGCCUGUUGGACCAGGACUCGUGCAGAGAGACUCGGACCACUCAGUGUUGCAACAUAGGAUGCCAGUGUGUGGAGUCUCUCCAAUUCAUGUGUUCUUUUUUUCUUUUAUUUGUUUGGAGAAAAGAAAAAAGCUGCUUCUUUCAUCUUUUAGGACUCAACCUGUUCAGAACAGCGCACAACGUUUCCCUCCACAGAUAAUCUGGAUUAGGAAGAGACACACCGUUUGAAGAGUAUGUUGAAAUGUUGUCAAGAUUAUCAAGGAACUUUGAAAGAAAACACAAAAAGAUUUAAAAAAAUAAAUCAACAUUUAAUAAUUA